AUGACGGUGAAUGAGCUGCGGCUGCUUGGGCAAAGAGCGCUGGGUGUGCGCCUGGGAGGCUUGGUCGCCGCAGGCGGCGAGUUGCUACAGGGCACCAGCACACUCAGGGCGGCAGGGCUCAAAGAGAAUGCCACGAUUGGCGCCACCGUGCGCAAAGCGGUUUUGGCACCUAGCCAGCGCUCGUCGGCCUUCGCGUUGAUCCGGCGUGAUGGUUCAGUGGUGAGCUGGGGCCUUCCGAAUUGGGGUGGCGACAGUAGUGCGGUGCAGAGUGAGCUGCGCGACGUGCAGUUUAUCCAGGCUACCGUCAAGGCGUUUGCAGCUGUUCGAGGCGAUGGCAGUGUCGUCACCUGGGGAGACAAGGCCUGGGGUGGAAACAGUACAGCUGUCCAAGAGCGGCUGACGAGUGUGCAGCACGUCCAAGCCUCUGACGGUGCUUUUGCAGCUGUCCGCACAGACGGUGGUGUGGCGACCUGGGGUGAUGCACACCUGGGAGGGGACAGCAGCACCAUCCAAGAUUCACUGGUUGAUGUGCAGCAGGUGCAAUCCACUAAGGGAGCUUUUGCAGCCAUUCGCGCAGACGGCACUGUCGUCACAUGGGGUGAUGCCAAACGCGGUGGCGACAGCAGCAUGGUCCAAGCAUCUUUGCAGAAUGUGCGUUCCGUCGCUGGCUCUAAAGGUGCCUUUGCCGCCGUUUGCGGCGAUGGCACCGUGAUAACCUGGGGCUACGCCAAGGUUGGCGGUGACAGCAGCCUUGUCCAGAACCGGCUUCGAGGUGUCCUUCAAGUCUGUGCAUCCGAGACCGCCUUCGCAGCCCUUCUGACCAGUGGCGAGGUGGUGACAUGGGGUGAUGCUGCCUAUGGUGGUGACAGCUCGGAGGUGCAAAGUCAACUCCAAGAUGUGCAGCAGAUCGCCUCGUCAAAGGGAGCCUUUGCCGCCAUCUGCUCUGACGGCAGCGUGGUGACCUGGGGCGACGCGAAUCGCGGCGGAGAUAGCAGCAUGGUGCGGGAGCAGCUGCGGGACGUGCAGCAGAUUGCAGCGACUUCCGGCGCUUUUGCGGCUGUCCUGGACAACGGCGGCGUUGUUACCUGGGGCUAUGCAAGUCUUGGCGGAGACAGCAGCUCCGUCCAGGAGCGCCUGGAAGACGUGCAGCAGAUCCAAGCAUCAGCUGGUGCCUUUGCAGCUGUUCUUGCAGAUGGGAAUGUGGUGACAUGGGGCCAUGCGACCAUGGGAGGCGACAGUAGCACUGUGCAAGAGCAACUGCGCCGGACCAGCUUACCGCUUUUGCCAGUUGCUCUGGAUUCCUUUCAUGAUGCCGGGUAA